UUCUAAAAUACCAGAUACAAACAUUUUAAUAUAUUAUAUUAAUAACAUUUGCCACUUAUUUCGAAAACAUUGGCACAAUGGCUCACACUUCUUCCCGAACUACUAUCGUAUUCAUUGUUGUUGCUUUGAUUUGUGCGUUCGUUCCUGCAUUCUCUGUUGAAGAAGCUGAAGCAAAAUCACUAUGGGAUACCUGUCUUCUUAAAAUCAGUCCAAAUUGUGCGUUGGAUAUAAUUGGUGUUGUCUUUGAAAAUUUAACCAUCACUGAUGCAUGUUGUCAUGAUCUUGUACAUGAAGGAAAAAUGUGUCACGAUACUCUUAUCAAAUAUAUUGCUGAGAAGCCGCAUUUAGUUGCCCACGAAACAGAGUAUUUGAAGAAAAGUGAUGAUUUGUGGACUCAUUGUGUCUCAGUUUCGCAAACUGCUUAAAAAUAUGUUAUGCUUGUAUUGAUCUACAAAAUUUUUAUUUAACUAUCGUUAAAUUUUAUUUGAUAAAAAAUCGUGGAUCAAACAGUAUGCAAUAUAAAGCGACCAUCAAGUGAAUCUCAUUCUAAAUGAAUCAAUACAUAUAUUAACUCAAUUGAAAAACAAUGUGCUAACCAUACAAGAUUGCUAAACUAAUAACAAGAUAUAUAUGAAUAAUUUCAAACAAUAUUGCUUAAUUACUUUGACUUAACUUAUCUUUAAUUUUAAAAAUUAAUUUUCAUCUACAAUUUAAAUCAUUAUUUUUACAUACACAGAAAAUAUUCUUGUGUAAUAUAAAACAACCUAAGAAUAUAUCCAAUGUUUCACCUUUGAGACCUUUGAGUUUUGUAGGACAUGCUAAUAUAAUGGCUUGAAAAAAAAACUAAUUUUAAUACUCAUGUUGUCGACGAUUUUGUAAAUACGAUCAUUUACAAAGAAAACAAUGAGACUGGAUGUAACACGAAAAAGAACAAUAUCCUAUGACUAGUAAGUAGAUAAUAACUUAUGCCAAUGAUAUUAGGAUGGAGCGUAUGGAUUUGAGUUUUUAAUCCAUCAUAAAAGUUUUGGAAACAAAAUUGUGCACAUUUUUUGUUUCAUUUACUACAAUUUGUAGAUUUGGCUUCAAAAUUUUUAAUAGAUUACAACCCUUUAAUUUUUGCAAAUUAAUUGUUCAACUCAAAUAUUGUUUUUUCGCCAGUUCGAGUUUCAUUUCUAUGAAAUUAUAUCUACAUAAUGUGUAUACUUGUUAUGGUUUAGCUAUAUAAUUUCUUCUAGUAGUAAAUUCUUACAAAAUAAAGAUACGCGAUAUUGGACAAUAUAUAGUCGAUUAAAUUCACAUUUUAAAUCCAAAUUUCUGUAAAAUGAUGGAGCCUAUUAGCAUUUACAGAAAGUAGAUAAUACGUAUAAACAAUGGUUAAAUUCGAUUGGCAGGUUAAUUCUUAACAACAAAAUAACUUAAAACAUUAAUAAUUUAGAAGUAUGCUAUUUUGAUAGUAUUUAGUUUAAAAAAUAAGUAUAUCUCUAUUUUCUAAAUUUUUUUAAUAUGUUAGAGAAAACUCAUAUUAGCUGUCACAUUUUAUUUAACGUUAAACUGCAUUAAUUAAUAUCUUAUGUUCACUUGAAAAUAUGUUUAGUUUGUGUUUUUAAUCUCUUAUAAAUAUGAGACAAAAUUGCAUUCUAAAAUACCAGAUACAAAAAUUUAAUAUAUUAUAUUAAUUACAUUUGCCACUUAUUUCGAAAACAUUGGCACAAUGGCUCACACUUCUUCCCGAACUACUAUCGUAUUCAUUGUUAUUGCUUUGAUUGGUGCGUUCGUUCCUGCAUUCUCUGUUGAAGAAGCUGAAGCAAAAUCACUAUGGGAUACAUGUCUUCUUAAAAUCAGUCCAAAAUGUGCAUUGGAUAUAAUUGGUGUUGUCUUUGAAAAUUUAACCAUCACUGAUGCAUGUUGUCAUGAUCUUGUUCAAGAAGGAAAAAUGUGUCACGAUACUCUUAUCAAAUAUAUUGCUGAGAAGCCGCAUUUAGUUGCCCACGAAACAGAGUAUUUGGAGAAAAGUGAUGAGUUGUGGACUCAUUGUGUCUCAGUUUCGCAAACUGCUUAAAAAUAUGUUUUGCUUAUAUUGAUCUGGUUAACAAAUUUUUUAUUUAACUAUCGUUAAAUUUUAUUUGAUCAAAAAUCGUGGAUCAAACAGUUUGCAAUAUAAUGCGACCAUCAAGUGAAUCUCCUUCUAAAUGAAUCAAUACAUAUAUUAACUCAACUGAAAAACAAUGUGCUAACCACACAAGAUUGUUAAACUAAUAACAAGACAUAUAUGAAUAAUUUCAAACAAUAUUGCUUAAUUAGUUUGAUUUAACAUAUCUUUAAUUUUAAAAAUUAAUUUUCAUCUAAGAUUUCAAUCAUUAUGUUUACAUACACUGGAAAAUAUCUUGAUAAUUUAAAACAAGCUAAGACAAUAUCUAAUGUUUCACCUUUGAAACUUUUGAGUUUAGUAGUACAUGCUAAUAUAAUGGUUUGAAAAAAAAACUAUUUUGAAUACUCAUGUUGUCGAAGAUUUUGUAAAUACGAUCAUUUAUAAGGAAAACAAUGAGACUGGAUGUAAUCACAAGAAAGAACAAUAUCCGAUGAGUAGUAAGUAGAUAAUAACUUAUGCCAAUGAUAUUAGGAUGGAGCAUAUGGAUUUGAGUUUUAGAUCGAUCACAAAAAUUUUGGAAACAAAAUUGUGCACAUUUUUUGUUUCAUUUACUACGAUUUGUAUAUUUGGCUUCAAAAUUUUUAAUAGAUUAUAACCCUUUAAUUUUUCAAAUUAAUUGUUUAACUCAAAUAUUGCUUUUUCGCCAGUUCCAGUUUCAUUUCUAUGAAAUUAUAUCUACAUAAUGUGUAUACUAGUUAUAUUUUAGCUAUAUAAUUUCUUCUAGUAGUAAAUUCUUACAAAAUAAAGAUACGCGAUAUAGGACAAUAUAUACUCGAUUAAAUUCACAUUUUAAAAUCAAAUUUCUGUAAAAUGAUGGAGCCUAUUAGCAUUUACAGAAAGUUGAGAAUACAUAUAAACAAUGGUUAAAUUCGAUAGGCAGGUUAUUUCUUAACAACAACAUAAUUUAAAACAUUAAUAAUUUAGAAAUAUGGUAUUUUGAUAGUAUUUAGUUUUAAAAAUAAGUAUAUUUAUAUUUUCUAAAUUUUUUUAAUAUGUCAGAGAAAACUCAUAUUAGCUGUCACAUUUUGUUUAACGUUA